AUGGACAUCAUGUCAAGGCCUUUCAUUCACGCAGACAAGUUCAAAUCCGCUCCCGAGGACAUAUUACCGGACGACCAGUUCCUGACGACCUACUUGUAUUUCUUUCCGGAACAAGUCUAUGCGGUCCGUCCACCUCUGUCAGCUGCCGUUAUUUCAAGGCGCUUUGAGGCGAUCGACAACCACGUUUUGCAGAUGAAAAGGAAGGCAACAGAUCUUGAUCAAGAAGGAUUUGAGGAGCUCAGGAAGGAUUGCGAUCGCCAGGCAUCGAAAAGGAAGCGCGUCAAGGUUCUUUCACAUCAAGCGGUAGACGACAACCCAUUUCCAGAGGAUGGCAGCGAGUGUGAGGAGACUAAUCGAUGGAUAUACUCCCUCUGA